GACUACGGUUCCCAUCGAGCCCCGCGAAUCUCGGCACAGUCCUCCAAGGUCGCGGACCUCCGGGAACGCAGAGGGGGCGGAAUUUGCCAGGGAAGGGAAGGCGCUUCGGCCUGCGCCUGCGCACUACGAGUUUCGCCCCUCCACCCUUGGGUUUGUUAUUGUUGUGAGGGUCAGCUGUCUAUGCCCCGCCCCCACCGGCGCAUCCUCGACCAAUAAAUGUGGAGAUAGUUUUGAAGGACAAGCCAUAGGAGCCAAUCGCCUCGAGAAGAACUCAGAGGCAACAAGGGACUGGGCCCCGUCUCUCUCCGCCAUGUUAGAUGCGCCCCGCAGGGGUAGCCGUUGAGCUGGCUGCGGACGGUCUGUACUCUGGCCUGCGGCAGGCGCCCCCACGGGGCGGGAAGCGGCCCCACAGCAUGGACCCGCAGGUCACUCUGAACGUCACUUUCAGAAACGAGACACAAAGCUUUCUGGUGUCCGACCCAGAAAACACGACUUGGGCUGACGUUGAAGCUAUGGUGAAAGUAUCUUUUGAUCUGAACACUAUUCAAAUAAAAUACCUGGAUGAGGAGAAUGAAGAGAUAUCCAUCAACAGUCAAGGAGAAUAUGAAGAAGCACUUAAGAUGGCGGGGAAGCAGGGACACCAGCUUCAGAUGCAAGUCCACGCAGGGCACCCCACGGCCGCCGAAGCCCCAACCCUGGUGGGAGCAGAGAGACACAGCGCUUCCAGGCCGGGCAAGAAGCCGCUUGCACACUACUCCGCCCUGGUGAGAGUCGUGGGGCCAGAGCUGAGGAGCCCGGAGACACCAGCAGCCCAGCCAUUUCCACUUGCUCGGGGUGACCCGGACCACGCUCAGGACAGGCCUCCAGACUGGUUCACGAGCUACCUGGAGACCUUCAGAGAGCAGGUGGUCAAGGAAACAGUGGAGAAGCUGGAACAGAAGUUGCACGAGAAGCUCGUCCUCCAGAACCCGUCCUUGGGCUCCUGUGCCUCCGACGCCUCCAUGCCUGCUGCGGAGGAAGCCUUGUUCUUACCUGAAAAUCUCUUCAGCUGGCACAUUGCUUGCAGCAGCUGCCACAGGAGGAUUGUGGGCGUGCGCUACCAGUGCAGCCUGUGCACGUCGUACAACAUCUGUGAGGACUGCGAGGCGGGCCCUUAUGCCCACGACGCCAGCCACGUGCUGCUCAAGCUGCGGAGGCCGGUUCUGAGUGCCUCGGAGCCGCCUUCCCACCCGAAGCCAGCUGCGCCUCGGCUCCCUACUGCCCUGGAGCAAGUCAGGCUCCAGAGACAGGUCGAUAAGAACUUUCUUAAAGCAGAAAAGCAGAGACUGCGAGCUGAGAAGAAACAGCGGAAAGCAGAAGUCAAGGAACUUAAAAAGCAGCUUAAACUGCACAGGAAGAUUCAUCUGUGGAACUCAAUCCAUGGACUUCAGAGCCCCAAGAGCCCUCUGGGCCGGCCCGAGAGCCUGCUGCAGCCCAGCACCCUGCGCUUCCCCUCACGGCCCAGUGCUCCGGUGCUGCCAACCUUUAGCGCGGCCUUCGUGGACGAGAACCUGCCGGACGGGACUCACCUGCAGCCGGGAACCAGGUUCCUCAAGCACUGGAGGAUGAAGAACACGGGCAACGUCAACUGGAGUGCGGACACCAAGCUCAAGUUCAUGUGGGGGAACCUGACGCUGGCGUCUGCUGAGAGGAAGGACGUCUUGGUCCCCUUCCUGAAGGCCGGCCACGUGGGCGUGGUGUCCGUGGAGUUCAUUGCACCAGCCCUGGAGGGGACCUACACAUCCCACUGGCGCCUGGCUCAGAACGGCCAGCAGUUCGGGCCCCGGGUCUGGUGCAGCAUCGUGGUGGACCCAUCCGCCCCCGCAGAGCACCCUGGUGACACCGAUGGUGUGAGCGGCUCUGGCGAGGAGGCCGGCCUCAGCUGCCCGCAGGAGGAGACCUUUCUCCUGGCUGAAGAAGAAACCCCACGGGGUGAAGCAGCUAAACGGACAGAAGGGACAGGGGCCUGUGCGCCGCAGAAGGCAGGCGCAGCCAGCGAGCGGGAGCUCUACAUCCCGUCUGUGGACCUCCUGACUGCGCAGGACCUGCUGUCCUUCGAGCUGUUGGACAUAAACAUCGUCCAGGAGCUGGAGCGGGUGCCGCACAACACGCCCGUGGAUACCACUCCCUGCAUGUCUCCUCUGCCGCAUGACAGUCAGGUCCUGGAGAAGCCGGGCUUGGGCCAGAUCCGGGAGGAGAGCGAGGGAGCGGGGCGAGAAGCACUUGCGGAGGCCACAGCUCCAGGAAAGAGGAAGGCUGAGAAUGUCACCACGGCGGAGGACGCAGAGGAAGACCUGAGCGGAACCCAGUUUGUGUGUGAGACCGUCAUCCGCUCCCUCACCCUGGACGCUGCCCCGGACCACAACCCGCCCAGCAGACUGAAGGCCCCUCGGCUGAACUUCCCCUCGACUCCGGAUGGACCCCUGGGAGACGAGAAGGAGGACCUUACCCAUCUCUCUGAGGACGGAGUUGAGGACGAGGAGGAGCUCGGGGAUGAGGUGCAGAGCCAGUCGUCUGCCUCCUCGGAGGACUACAUCAUCAUCCUUCCCGAGUGCUUUGACACCAGCCGCCCGCUUGCAGACUCCAUGUACAGCUCCGCGCUCUCGCAGCCAGGCCCGGGCCGAGGGGCAGAUGGCGAGCCGGGGCUGGAGGCCGGGCGGGAGCCCACGGGGACCGGGACCAGAACCGGAAGUGGGGCACAACUCCCUGCAGGGGAGAGCCCGCCGCAGGAGCUCGGCCUCAGCGACGUCCUGGAGACCUCACAGGCUCGGGAGGUGCUGCCCCCGGGCCCCGAGGUGCUGGGGCUUCUGCCAGCGCCACCCAGGCACUCUACAUGUGCACAGUACGGCUCCCCGGGAGCAGACAUCCUGGUCACCUCACCAGAAGCUUCUGCUGUCCCCGGGCAGAUGCGAGCAGAGCCCGGGGGCUGCCCAGGACUGGCAAACAGCAGACAGAAGAGCUGGGACCACUCAAGGCCUCCCCACGGGAGCAGCAUCGCGGGAGGGCUGGUGAAGGGCGCCCUGUCCGUCGCCGCUUCUGCGUACAAGGCCCUGUUUUCGGGCCCCCCGGUGACUGCACAGCCCGUGGUUUCUGAGCAGCAGACGGCAGCGCUGAUGGCUCACCUCUUCGAAAUGGGCUUCUGCGACCGGCAGCUGAACCUCAGGCUGCUGAAGAAGCACAACUGCAACAUCCUGCAGGUGGUGACCGAGCUCCUGCAGCUCAGCGACAACGACUGGUACAGCCAGCGCUACUGAGCGGCGGCCGCCUGACCGUGCCCGCCGCCCUGUCCCGGGGCGCGGGGUGGAGGCCCUUGUUUGUUUUUUAAUCUGAUGAAUCUCUAGAGCCCUUCAUUGAAAUUUCAAGACAGUAUCUGUUACAGUAUUUUUUGAAGCAAAUCAAAGACCAACACUUGACUGGGAGUCAGACGAGCAGUGGGAGACAGCUGUUCGGUGAAUUUGGAGGACCUGCCCAUGCCCUAGUGCGUUGAGGAGGGCACCCCUUUCUUUUUCUGCUUGUACUGAGGUUGAGUAUUUUCCGUCGGUUCACGUGGAUGUUUUUAAUGGAGAUACCUGUUGUCAGUCUUCACAAGAGAGUAACCUUGGAGUUUGUUUCCACGCGUUCCCGACUGCUGUGACCAGCCCUGCGCCUCCCAACCCCGUGCUGCUGAAAGGCGCAGCGCGGCUCGCGGCCCGCCCCCCGGACCGCCCCCCGGACGGCGCCUUCCUCCAGCUGCGGGCGGCCCUGCGGCCCUGCAGGGGUCGGCGCUGCGUCCCUGGGGCCCUGCUGAGAGGUGCCAGGGCGGUGAUCCUGAAUAUUUUGUUCUUUUAUUUAAGAAGAAAGCUUAGGUAGUGUGAACCAUUUUGCAAGUCCUAUAGAGAACGCAAAGCCCACCUAUUACUUAAAGGGAGAAGUCAAUUUAAUAGUUAACUGCUUUUCUCAAUGUCGGGGAGGCCCUGCUACCCAGUAGAGCGGGCAGUAGGCGGAUCUGAGCGGACCUCGGCGGCCGGGCAGGGCGAGGGGCUGGGGCUGGGGCUGGCGCAGGAGGGCGAGCGAGCUCCGGCGGGCACCUGGCGCGGGGGUGGCGGCGAAGGGUCCCGGAGGAGGGCUUGGGGAAAGGCAGGCGGCGGCAGAGCAAUGUUCCGCCCGGUAGGCGCGCGGAGCGGCCGUCUAGCUGUGAUCAUUUACAGUGUGACUCCACGGCCACCAAGCGAGCGGGGCUCGGGCUCCUCCAGAGCGCUGCUGCGGGGCUUCGCGCCCCUCACGGUGUAAAGAAAGCGAAAUAAACGUUCUUUGAACCGCU